GCGAUCCUCCUUUCAGUUCAUUCCAAGUUCCCAAGCUGAUCGGAUUGGAGCAAUGCCAAACAUUGCAGUUAUCGGUGCCGGGGUUAAUGGUGUUGCCAGUGCCAUUAAGAUACUGGAACACUAUGUGAACGAUGGAAAGACACCCAUAAAGGUGACGAUCAUAUCGGAGGAUUUCACGCCGAACACCACAGGAGAUGGUUCGGCGGGUCUCUGGGGUCCCUACCUUCUGGGCAGCACUUCGCAGGCGAAAGUCUACAAGUGGUCGAAGAGCAUGCACCAGUUUCUGGAGCAGAUCUGGCUGAGUGAGGAUGCCGGAGAGGCUGGGGUGUGUCUACUACCCUGCAUUCGGCUGAGCACCUCAACGGUGGACACGGUCGAAGAUUUCUGGCGUGACAUUGUCUAUGGAGCUGUGGAUCUGUCCAAGGAACAGCUGGCUGCCUACAAUAAAGGCCGCAGCGUAAAGUUCACGUCUGGCUUAUCCUUUGUUACCUACACCUCGGAGCCCAUCAAGCUACUGCCGUAUUUGAUGAAGCGUUUCACCCGCAAUGGAGGUGUUGUGGUCCGGAAAAGGAUUACAGACUUGGAGGCAUUUGUAGCUGAUUCCGAGUACGAUGUGAUAGUCAAUUGCUCCGGAUUGGGAUCCAAGACCCUACUAAACGACGAUCAAAUGUACGCAGUGCGUGGACAAGUGUCCCGGGUGAAGGCCAACUGGAUUUUCUCUGCCAUGCUGGAUGAGAGUGAUGAUGGCAACUAUAUUAUACCCAACACCGAGAGUGUUGUCCUGGGCGGAACCCAUCAGGAACGGGACUACAACUCUAAGGUAUGCCAGAAGGACAGGGGGAUGAUUGUGGAUGGCUGCCGGCGGUACAUUCCCGGCUUGGAGCACACAAAGAGCCUCUUCGAUUGGGUGGGCCUCCGGCCGGGUCGCACCCAACUCCGACUGGAAGCCGAGCGCCGUGGCCGCAAGCUCCUCAUUCACAACUAUGGACAUGGCGGCAGUGGAGUCACUUUGUGCUGGGGCUGUGCCGACGAUGUCCUCGAUAUCCUGUUGGCCGCCAAGAACGGUUCCAAAUUAUAAGUCAGUUGAAACGAUUAUUAUUGUAGUUCUAUAAUGAAAUUGGUAGUGUAAAGGUAACAAAAUUCAAGAA